AUGCGAGCCAACAAGAUGAAGGUCCUGUUUCUGACUUUGGUCCUUGGUCUGGUCUGUUCUUGCCAGGAGAGUCCAGCUGAGCCACACCACUCACAGCUUUCAGGAGAAUGGAAAACCCAUUACAUCGCCUCCAAUAACACAGAGAAGACCAGUGAGAACGGGCCAUUCAACGUUUAUCUUCACAGCAUCAAGUUUAAUGACAAAGGGGACUCCGUUGUCUUCCAUUUCUUUCUCAAGAACAACGGGAAAUGCAUAGAGUCGUCUGUUACUGGAACAAAGAUAGGAAACAACGUUUACACGGCUGACUAUGCGGGAGUCAAUCGAUUCCACUUUAUCCUGGUGUCUGACGAUGGUCUGAUAGUGGUUUCUGAGAAUGAGGAUGAAGCAGCCCAGAUAUCCAGACUCGUCGGGCUCUUGGGCAAAGAAGAUGAUGUCGAUGAUCACAACCUAGAGAGAUUCAAGGAGGAGAUUAGAAAAUUUGAGAUUCCAGAGGAAAAUAUUGUGGAUUUCACCAAGGGUGUUUUCGGUAGAAAUGAACUCAGAAUCAGUUAUGCUUCCAACAAUGUUCUGGUGCUAUAUGUUGUCAACCAGUUUGCAUUUGGUGGGGAGACACGAUUUGUUGGAAUAUUGGUGAAAGUAGACAUUGAAGAGGAAGCCUUGGCGAUAUUCAAUGAGCUGAUAGACAAGAAAAAGGUUGAAGACAAAGAUGUUGUGAAUUUCAUCGAAAGCGAUGAGGGUACCACGGAGUUUACAGUUAAAUAUUCAUUGGGCAAUGUUCUGGUAGUAUACUCCAACACUGAUGCAGAAGGCAAUGUGACAGAGCUGGCUGCAAUAUUGGUUAAAGUUAAUAUUGAAGUGGAAGCCUUGGACACGUUCUAUGCGCUGGUAAAAGCCAAAGGGAUUGAAGAGAAAUGUAUUUUGAAGAUCAUCGAAAGUGUGAAAAUAAGUGUAAGCCAGGAAGUCAUGGACAUAUUCAAUGAGCUAGUAAGUGAGAAAGGUAUUCCAGAAGAAAAUGUUGUGGAUUUCAUUGAAAGCGAUGAGAGGAUAAAAGAACUUAACGUUGUUUAUGAAUCCGACACCGUUCUGAUAUUAUGUGUUGUAUACGUGGAUGAAGAUGGUGUGGAGACAAAACUGGUUGAAGUAUUGGUUAAAGUAAAUAUUGAAGAUGAAGCCUUGGCAAGGUUCAAAGAGCUGGUAGAAGAGAAAAAGAUUGAAGAAAAAGAUAUUGUGAAUUUCCUCAAAAGUGUUAAAGUAAAUAUUGAAGAUGAAGCCUUGGCAAGAUUCAAAGAGCUGGUAGAAAAGAAAAAGAUUGAAGAGAAAUAUAUUGUGAAUUUCCUCGAAAGUGAUGAGGGUACAUACCGACUUGAAUUUAUUCCUGUUUCCGAGAAAGCUCUGAUAGCAAUUAACGUGGAUGAAACAGGCAACGAGCCAGAUCAGGUUAUACUGUUGGGCAAAGAAAAUGACAUUGAUGAGGAAGACUUACAGAAGUUCAAGAAUGUGUCUCUAGAACGGGAAAUUCCUGAGGAAAACAUUAAGGAUUUAACCAAACCUGGUGAGUGGAUAGAAGAAAUUAUAGUCACUGAUGUGUCUGACACCGUUCGGACAGUAUGUAUUGUGUAUGUGGAUGAACAAGGCCGGGUGAUACGAUUCACUGUAAUACUGCUAAGUAUUGAUGAGAAAGCCUUGGAGAUACUCAAGAAGCUGAAAAGGGUUGACGAGAACUGUAUUGCGAAGAUAUUCGGAAUUGAUUACAGGAUAAAAGAACUUAGAGUGGUUUAUGAGUCCGACACCCUUCGGAUACUAUGUGUUCUAUAUGUGAAUGACCAAGGCGAGGAGAUACGAUUCACUAUAAUACUGGCUAUUUAUGACUCCAAUUUCCUACACUUUUCCACUGUGAUGUGUAAUAACUGUGAAACCGUUAAAUCUAUUUCUAAAUGCUUCACCAUCAAAAUCAACAAACCAGUUACUGUUUUUGUAUGUAUGGAUUGUCUCACAAUUCCUUUAAAUGGAAUGCCUUAUCAAAGAGAAGGCACUUCACAGGACUACCUCGAUGGUCCAAAGGUAAAUGAUAUUGAAGCUGAAGCCUUGGAGAAGUUCAAUGAGUUGGUAAAAGAAGCAAAGAUUGAAGAUAAAAAAGUUUUGAAUAUCAUCGAGACUGGUGAGGGUGAAAAUGCAUUUGAGGUUGUUCAUGUGUCCAAAACCGUUCUGGUAACACAUAACAUCAAUGUGGAUAAACACGGCAAGAAGACAGUACUGAUUGGGCUAUUUGUUAAAGUAAAUAUUGAAGAGGAAGGCUUGCAGAAGUUCAAGGAGCUGACGCAAGAGAAAGGGAUUGAAGAGGAAAAUGUUGUGAGUUUCAUCAAAACUGGUAAUGGAAUUAUACUUUUUCAUAAAUUUAUCAUUCACCUGAUAGAUGAGGGUAAAAAUGUGUUUGAAGUUAAACAUGCAUCCAAAAAGACCCUGAUAGCACCUAAUCACAGUGAGGAUAAUGACAGCCAGAUGACAGAGUUGGCGGGAGUAUUUGGUAAGGUUAAAGUAAAUGAUAUUGAAAAGGAAGUGUGGCAGAAGUUCAAGGAUCUGACAAGAGAGAAAAAGAUCAAAGAAAAAAAUAUUGAGAAUUUCUUCAAAAGUGAUUAUGUCCAGUACAUAAAAGAUUCCACCAUAUGUCCAUCCUGGGGAAAAUUCCAUAGGGGCUCCAACAUCACAGAGAUGUGGAGGACUGAGGUCCACCCAGAUUCUGACAUUGGAUCACCUACCUGCUUCUGUGCCCUGGACAGUCUACUGCCUGACGGUCACCCCAUCAGCCGUCACACAGUCGACUCUACUAAACCUUUGGUUCUGUUUUACUCACCUACAGAAAGAGUCCCUGAGACCAGACAUGUCCUCGUCUCCAUGGAAUCAAGAUCAACAACACGAAGAUGA